AUGCCAAGCGUGGCACAAGUGUUCACCCUGUUCAAUACCACUUCAUACACACUCAUUCCUAUCUACCCUUCCCCCCUCUACGAUCUAACUCAUUACCUAAACCCCAACCUCGUAGGGGCACUCUACCAUAUCACAUUCACCAACAAUGAAGCCCCGAUCAUGCUGGAACAGGACGGACUAGACAAUCUAACAAACUUCUUUUUCUAUUUACAGCAGAUCGUGAUGACUCCUGUCACCAACUAUAGAAACAAGGGGCUGCUCAACCUCCCAGCCCUUAGGAGUGACAUGAUCAGCUACCGCCCUAACGGGUACAGCUCUCUUAGUAUGAAUCUCCUCCUUCGUCACUCCCCGACUAAGUGGAUCAACACACUAAAAUGA